CCUCCGAGUCUUCCAGAAGAUUACAGCCCACCGAGUCAUCCGGAAGAUUACAAACCACCUAGUCCAAGACGUUCCCAAGGAGAAGACCAUCCCACUCGUCAUCCAAGUCCUCUGAAAGAUUACAGCCCACCGAGUCAUCCGGAAGAUUACAACCCACCGAAUCCCAUAGAAGGUAAUCCAAACUCCCAUCAAUGGAUUCAAAGCCCUCCGAGUCCUCCAGAAGAUUACAACCCACCGAAUCCAAGACGUUCCCAAGGAGAAGACCACCCCACUCGUCGUCCAAGUCCUUUUAAAGAUUACAGUCCACCGAGUCAUCCGGAAGAUUACAACCCACCGAGUCCAAAACGUUCCCAAGGAGAAGAUCACCCCACUCGUCGUCCAAGUCCUCGUAAAGAUUACAGCCCACCGAGUCAUCCGGAAGAUUACAACCCACCGAGUCCAAAACGUUCCCAAAGAGAAGAUCACCCCACUCGUUGUCCAAGUCCUCCGGAAGAUUACAGCCCACCGGGUCCUCAAAGUCCAAGACGUUCCCAAAGAGAAGAUCACCCCACUUUUCCUCCAAGUCCUCCGGAAGAUUAC